AUCGAGGCUGUUGUGUUUGGGCCUAAAGUUUGGUUUCUGGCGGGUAAGCAAGCCGUAGUGAAGCACAACAAAAUGACCUAUCAAAUCUUUUCUAUGAUAUUUGAACCGUGAUGGGAAGCGUCAGGAAUCGAAGUGCUCCUGCAGUUCCUGGGCAUCGGCAAUUACCAACAAGAAACAGUAGCCCAGCCGUGAAGAGUAGCUAUGGCAAUCGCCCUACUAAGGAAGUUGAUGCCAGGCUCAGCAAGACAAAAACUUCAGCUGCCACCUCCAAGCCAUCUGCCAAACUAAACGCGAAGACUGUCAACCCAUUUGAUGACAAAACUCCAAAAUCUGCUUUUGAGACUGCAUACGCCAAUGGUGCUGUACCCUGCAGGCUACAGCAUGGUUCUGUGAGACACAAACUGCAAUGGUCAACACAACCUGACAAUCUUAGUUUUGACCCUAUCCUAGUUACCCUAGCUGAGGGUUUAAGAGAAACAAGACACCCCUACACUUUUGUUGCUUGCGAAGGUUUUAGAGAAAUGCUGAUGGUGGGUGAUGCAGAGGAAAGGACAGUCCCACUGCUGCCCAAACUCAUACCUCCAAUAAGGCUAGCUCUGGGGUCUCCUGACAUAGAAAUAUUUUUCAAAUCACUGCAAGCUUUGAUUCAAUUAAGUGAUGUAACUGGACCAGAAUUGAAUCCUCACUUAAAGUCUGUUCUCCCACAGAUAUCUAGAAGAAUUCUUGACAGGAACCACAGGGACAAAGUUUUCUCCGCAUUGCAGCGACUGGAGUACAAUGGUGGAAAGGAAAGCACAAAGAUCAUAAAGGCAAGAAUUCCAACUUAUACUUCAAUGAGCUAGUUAGAUAAUUUGGAAUCUGACAUCAACUUGUAAAAUAAGCUUCAGAUUUUUUAUUGUAGCAAGAUAAUAAAUGUUACAAGAAAUUAAAGUUGAAAGAAAAUAAUUUGUACUAAAACUGUUGUUGUGGAAAAUGGGAA